AUGCCUUCGAUACCAGUGCCACAUGUUCUGGAGGAUUUAGUGAAGAGAGUGCCAGAGCAAUUGUCGCAUGUGGAGGAGGGUAUAUUAGAGCUGGUAAAGAGAGUCAAGAUUCCAAUCAACAGUACAACACCUCCACAUCUGAUAGAAGCAAUAAAGCAGGAUCCAUGGACGGAAGCUGAUAAAUACGCUCUUGGAUGGGUCUUCUUUUGCAUAAUAUUACUCACAAUCACCACAUUGCUAAGAUUAUGGAAUUACUGGGGUGACAGGAUACGGAUAGCGCUAUACAAGGACGAAUACAUUACUUCGGCACUAUCAGCUUCGCAAAACUCAGCCAACUCGGCACCAUGGGAGGUACCGAGCACUACAACAGACAACUCGAAACAGGUCUUCUUUCCUGCCUCUGGACCUCUACUAUAUCGUCAGCAGAAGCAGCAAUCAACAGCAUCUGCCAUUGCUCCUUUCAAUAACGUGGUAGCUCUAUUCCGGUAUGUCUUCUAUCGACCUGUACCACACCUCAAGAUUGCUGGAUGGCGGUUCACCUUUCCUUCGUUCGCAGUCAUCUUCAUUGCGGCCAUCGGUCUCAUCUUCUCCGUACUAUACUGCUUCCUUCCCAAGCCAUUGUUUUAUGAGAGCAUGUCAUUUGGUUCACCACCACUUGCUAUACGAGCUGGAAUGAUGUCAAUAGCUCUAGUGCCGUGGAUUGUAGCGUUGGCCUCGAAGGCUAACGUCAUCUCUUUUAUGACUGGAAUCGGCCAUGAAAGACUCAUUGUCCUGCACAGAUGGGGUGCUUACAUAUGCAUCAUCUUGGCGAUAAUCCACGCUGUGCCAUACUGGUAUCAGUCCGUGAACGACCCAGAUGGAUUUGAUAAAUUCAAGCUCUACUUCAACCAACAGUACUACAUCUUCACCACCGGUAUAGCUGCUCUGGUUCCUUUGGCCUUUCUGGUGAUCCAUUCUCUACCUGUUCUGAGGAAUAGGUUCUACGAAGUGUUUGUCUUCAUGCAUAUUCCUGUAGCAUGGGCUUUCAUCGGUCUGCUCUUCUGGCAUUGCCACAAUUACCUCACGUCAUGGGCAUAUUUGUAUACAACCGUCAUCAUUAUGGUCGUCUCAUUGAUUACACGGCUGUUCUACCUCAACUGGAUGAAUCCAUUUCGACCAUCUUGGCUCAUUGGCGAGGAGUCCGCUGUCACAAUCUUACCUGAGAAUGCUGUCAAGGUCACAAUUCCAACUCAGACAAGGUGGAAGCCAGGUCAAUAUGCCUACCUUCGCAUGCCAGGUAUCUCAGUUGUACAAAACCAUCCUUUUACCAUUGCUUCUUUAUGUAGCGAGGACUUCCCGUCAGAGUAUGGCGACAAAUACAGAGAUAUGAUGUUGGUGUUUCGGCCCUUCAGUGGUUUCACGAAACGUGUGUUCGACACAGCGACCAAGAAAGGUCCUUUCAAGACAUAUCGGUCUUUCAUCGAAGGACCUUAUGGUGGCAUGCAAAGGCAGAUGUCGUCUUUCGACCAAGUUAUCUUCUUCGCUGGAGGAUCUGGCAUCACUGCCAUUGCAUCUCAGUUGCUGGAUUUGGUGAAGCGUAUGCGAGAUGGCAAGGCAACUACCAGAAGUGUGCAUGUUAUUUGGGCAAUGAAGCGACCGGACAUCAUGGAAUGGUUCAAAGAAGAGCUGAGGAUAUGUCGCGAAUAUGCUCCUGCUGGCUCUGUUCACUGCCACUUCUUUAUCACCAGUGCCAGACGCUACAACACUACAGGUCUCGGUAUUGGUGUCGAUGGCAGACAGAACAGAAUAAGUCAAUUGAUUGCAGAAAAGGUAGAUGACGUUAUGCAAGGCAUUGGCAACAAACGUGAUUCGAGACUUGUUGACGACUUCGAUGUGCAAGGUGAAGAGCUAGAUCUUGUCACAGCAUUACCUCAGAAGACUUCGUUUGCAUCUCCGAUAACGAGACAGCCGUACUUCCCCCCGCCGCCUGGUCAAAGUGAUGUAUCGGUGCGGACCAAUAUCGACGAAAAGAGAGCCAGCUCAUCGCUAUCAGAGAUGCAGAAGGACGCUGGAGUGAUAACGCAAACAGAUCGUCUCUACAAUCAGCAUCGAUCCACAGCACAACGAACGUCUGACAUAUCGACCAACGACUGGGCAUUCUCAGGGUCGAGGAGUCCUGAAGAUGAGGAGAAGCGGAAUCGCAACUCAGGAUUUGACUUUGGUUUUCCUGAAACACCAACUAGAUUUCAAAAGUCCUUGAUGCGCUUUGCCUUCUUGCCAGGCACGCUCCCACCAACGGAGCCAGCAAGCGCACAUACUCCGGCACCAGCUAUACUGACUGGCGACAACGUCAGCUCUGCAAGACCACUCUCGACUUUACCCAAUCGAGCCUCGCUGUACACAACAAAACGCAAUGACGGCUGGCGGACAGAAUACGGACGACCCGAUAUCUCAUUCAUGCUCAAGAACCUGAGCAGUGAGUUCAGCAGACGGACGUGUAUAUAUGUCUGCGGUCCAGCCGAGAUGCGGUGUGAUGUGGCACGUACAGUGGCAGAUCUACAGAAAUUGGUUUGGACAGAUCCAAAUCGUGAUGAGAUCUUCCUGCACGCUGAGAACUAUGCGAUAUGA